CGUCCACCAUCCCCGGGGUACAGAGUACUGUAGCGGGCGAAGGAGGGGUACGUAGGUGACAGACACCGAGGAGUUGAAUUUCCUUCCAGUCGAAGUGGAGGUGUGUUUUUCUUGAGGAAAGUGCGAGGUGAAUGUUGAGGAGUUUGGGCAGGGCAGGGGAGCCCUAAUGCAGUGAGGAAAUUUGCACCUCGUGUGCCCACGUUUGUGGAGUAGGGGGUGGGUGGGUGGGUGUGGGAGUCGAAUUGUGCGAUGGAAUCUCCAGCGGCGCGAUCCGUGGCGCUCCAUGCCGCGAGGAGCAUUCGUCGCCAGCUGAAUCCGGUGCUGAAUUCCGGAGUGCUGGAUCAGCAGGUUGUGGCGUCGGGAUUUUGUGCGUUGGGAGCUAACCCGGGUGUGGUGGAUUCGAGGCCCAGUGCGGUACCGACGAGGAGUGACGAGGUCGAUGUGCUGAGUAAUGCGAAGUAUGUUGCUAGGGAUCGUGCCAUCUGGCAAUUGGACGGGCCCAUUGGCUCGGUCAGGUCCGGCGAGCUAGGCUGCCGUCCUGCCGGCUGGACUCAUCUACACGUGAUCAAUGCGCUCCUUGGGAGCAAAUGUCGCCCGGAAUUUGUAAAGCAUUCUGGCCUGUCCUUGGAUGAUUUAAUGCUGAAUCCUGCCCAGCGAGAACAAAAGAAACAAUCCGCGCUGGUGAGGAGUGUUCUCGAUCUGCCGAGAGUUUCAGGAGAUUUGACCGAAAGUAGUCGUGAAGCUAGCCAGUUGGCGACCAUUUUCGUAGAUUGCUCUGUACAAGCGGUCAGACCUCGGACAGCAGGAGGGCACGGGUUAGCUUCGCUGCUUGGUUGCGUGGAAGGGGGCCAAGGAUUGUCUGUGUUGCAGCGGGAAAACAUUCGGCUUGAGUGCGACAGUGUAAAGCGAAAGAGGAAAAAGAAGAUGAACAAGCACAAGCAGCGCAAGCUCAGAAGGCGCGAUAGACAUCGGAAUUAGCUUUCAAUUUUGUAAUCCCUAGGGCUCAGUUUUCUUCUGGUGCUGAAUGUGCAUCCAGCUGGACUUGAACAGAGUAUUUGUCUGUGAACUUCUUGUUUUUCGCGGGGCGAUAUCAUUUUUCAAACUAUACUCUCACCCCAUGGAUCGGGUGAUUCAAACAUGAGAAUUUUGAGCUGAAGUUACGGUCUUGUACCCCGACUCUCUGCGUCAGUUGUACAGGUGAAUUUUUUCAAUGCCAAUCGGCUACGAGAAAGAGAUGAAAUUGAUGGCAUCUUGGCAAUUGCGGGCAUCUACAUCUUUUCGAGGAGUACCGUUUACCUUCGGCUGUGUACUAUGUAUGAUAAGUAUAAGGAAUGUGCUAUCUCGCUAGAAGUUUUGAAUCUCUUAAGCUAGCGAAAGCUGUGGCCUGUAAUAUCUAUUAGCAGGCGAAAAGUUGCUACGGUGGCAGCUCACAUUAAGUCAUUAGCUCCUGUCGUUCGUUGGUACACAUUUUGGCUACUUGACUUUCUCUGUAGUUACUCAGGGUUCAUGUUGAAGAACUGGUUCAUACGUAUUCUUGCAUCUUGAUCAAAUCAGGACUGUAUGUGAAGGAUUCACUGGCGUAAUUCUUCCUCGAACUCACGAAACACACUAGAUACUUGUUAGUAUGAGUGAUCAUCGGAUAUGCAGUGCAAGUUCAAUAUAUAUUUCUAGUGUAAACACAGAUGAGUGAACAUGUAAAGCUAGGAUGACCGUCUUGUGCAAGCAUGCAACUCGAAGUUGAGGUUUCGGCACAGUCAUGGUGUAUGCUGGAUCCAUAGUAUCUAGCAGGUACCGUUGAACCUUGUUAGUCGUCUAUAACCCUUGCAGAUGUGGUUGUGAAGGCCUAGACAGGUUUUUAUUGUUGUGCAUGACUUUAUAGACGCUUCGACUGGGAAUAACAGUAUCUACAGGUCCAUUAUCACGUUCUACUCUUCGUUGUUGAUAUU